GCGGUCCCGAGCGCGGCGACCGACUGAUAAGCUGGGAGCGGACCCGAGAGCGUUAAUGGGGCUCUUUGUCUGCAGGGGGUUCCGGGGUGGUCGCUGAACCCGGCAGGGUGCGUCGGGAAGGCUGGGGAAGCGCAGGUGAGCCGUGGGCCUGGGUGCUGCGCUCGGGCUCCCGCAGCCACCGCACUCGCGGCCCCGCCCCAUCGCCACCUCGCGGGGCCUGGGCCUCCCAGGGCGCUGCCUCUCGGUGCAGAACCGUAUGUAUGGCACAAGGUGGAUGAGAGACCCGACGAACCCGUCCUUAAAAGGCCCUUUGCCUUUCCCCGUGAACUUCUAGAAUUUCUGAGGAGCGUGUUUUCCGAAUGAAACAUGCUGUGCCCUAUCUUUCAAAAAAUUAUUAUUACUAUUUUAAAUGCCGCACUAUGGAACACAGCUUAGCCACAAGAGCUGAGUCUAAGGCCUAGUGGGAAGGAAGCUGACAGAUUGGAAAACUGGCCCUCAGCAUCCUUUAAGGUUUCCAAUAGAUAGAUAACCUCACAUUUGAUACUAUAUGGGGGAUCUGAAAGAAGAUGAACUUGGCAGAGAUUUGUGACAACGCAAAGAAAGGGCGAGAGUAUGCGCUUCUGGGAAAUUAUGACUCAUCGAUGGUGUAUUAUCAGGGAGUAAUACAGCAGAUCCAGAGACAUUGCCAGUCAGUGAGAGACCCGGCUGUCAAAGGGAAGUGGCAUCAGGUACGGCAGGAACUCUUGGAAGAAUAUGAACAAGUUAAGAGUAUCGUCAGCACCUUAGAAAGCUUUAAAGUCGACAAGCCCCCAGACUUCCCUGUGUCUUGUCAAGAUGAACCAUUUAGAGAUCCAGCAGUUUGGCCACCCCCUGUCCCUGCAGAGCACAGAGCUCCGCCUCAGAUCAGACGUCCCAACCGAGAAGUGAGGCCUCUGAGGAAAGACGUGGGAGCAGGCGCCCGCGGACUGGUGGGCCGAGCGCACCCGAUAUCCAAGAGCGACAAACCUGGAAGUCGGGACAAGGACUGCAGAGCGAGAGGGAGAGACGACAAGGGAAGGAAAAACAUGCAAGACGGUGCAAGUGACGGUGACAUCCCCAAAUUUGACGGCGCUGGAUACGAUAAGGAUCUGGUGGAAGCCCUGGAGAGGGACAUUGUGUCUCGGAACCCUAGCAUUCACUGGGAUGACAUAGCAGAUCUGGAGGAGGCUAAGAAGUUGCUCCGGGAAGCUGUUGUCCUUCCCAUGUGGAUGCCUGACUUUUUCAAAGGGAUUCGAAGGCCAUGGAAGGGUGUGCUGAUGGUUGGACCUCCAGGGACUGGGAAAACCAUGCUAGCUAAAGCGGUUGCCACUGAAUGUGGGACAACCUUUUUCAAUGUCUCCUCUUCCACACUGACUUCUAAGUACAGAGGCGAAUCUGAGAAGUUGGUCCGUCUGUUGUUUGAAAUGGCUAGGUUCUACGCCCCCACCACGAUCUUCAUUGAUGAAAUAGAUUCUAUUUGCAGUCGAAGAGGAACAUCGGACGAGCAUGAAGCAAGUCGAAGAGUCAAGUCUGAGCUGCUUGUCCAGAUGGACGGAGUUGGAGGAGCCUUAGAGAAUGAUGAUCCGUCCAAAAUGGUGAUGGUUCUGGCUGCCACUAACUUCCCAUGGGACAUCGAUGAAGCUUUGCGAAGGAGACUGGAGAAAAGGAUCUACAUCCCUCUCCCAACAGCAAAAGGAAGAGCCGAGCUUCUGAAGAUCAGCCUCCGGGAGGUGGAGCUGGAUCCUGACAUCCGCCUGGAGGACAUCGCGGACAAGAUUGAGGGCUAUUCCGGUGCCGACAUAACUAACGUCUGCAGGGAUGCGUCUUUGAUGGCAAUGAGGCGGCGCAUCAGCGGCUUGAGUCCAGAAGAGAUCAGGGCCCUGUCCAAGGAGGAGCUGCAGAUGCCCGUCACCAGAGGGGACUUUGAGCUGGCACUGAAGAAAAUUGCCAAGUCGGUCUCGGCUGCGGACUUGGAGAAGUACGAGAAGUGGAUGGUUGAGUUUGGAUCUGCGUGAUUUCUGUCAGCUGUCUCAUUUCUGGUGUUCUUGUCUAUAAAUGUGAAGGAAUUCCUUAAAUUUAAAAAAAAAUCUGCAAUUUUUAAUCAGAGAAAAUUUCACUUAAAGGCCAAAGCAAAACAAAACCGUCUAGAGCUAGAGAGAAAUGCAGUUGAGGAAUGAGACGCUUAUGGAGGCUGCUGGCUUCGUGCUAACAAACCUCAUUCUCCCAGAAUACGCCAGCCAGGGGGCGGGGCGGGGGC